GGUUCUUUGCAGUGGUUGGCUUCACUUCACCAACCGUACAGUCAGUGGUUCUUUUUAACUUCUUUGUUUGCAGUGGUUCAAAGUUGUCGAGACUGUUAAUCAUUGAAUAGCCAUUUGACUCUACAUUUGAUUAAAAUGUCAACCAAGGAAUCCUCAGAAAAAGUAAACAAUCCUCGCUGUUUUUUUGAUGUUUCAAUUGGCGGUAUAUCAGAGGGAAGAAUAUAUUUUGAGCUGUUUGCUGAUGUCUGUCCAAAAACUGCUGAAAAUUUCAGGUCAUUGUGUGUGGGAGAUAAAGGAAAUGGUCAAUCAACUGGAAAACCACUGCAUUUCAAAAACUGCCCUUUCCAUCGAAUCAUGAAAGAUUUCAUGGUUCAAGGUGGUGAUUUCUCAAAUCAUAAUGGGACGGGUGGUGAGUCCAUUUAUGGUGAAAAAUUUGAAGAUGAAAAUUUUCAGCUCAAGCAUGAUCAACCUGGAUUGUUGUCCAUGGCAAAUGCUGGUCCAAACACAAAUGGUUCUCAAUUCUUUAUAACAUGCAAAGCCACAACUCAUCUUGAUGGAAAGCAUGUUGUUUUUGGUAAAGUUAUCAAAGGAAUGCAGAUUGUUCGUAAACUAGAAAAUGUAGAAAAAGAUGGAGAAACACCUAAAAAGGCAUGUGUGAUAGCAGAUUGUGGUGAAAUUCCAGCCGACGAGGAUAUAUUUGCUAUGAAAGAUGAUGGGACUGGAGAUGUUUAUUCUGACUAUCCAGAAGAAUCAAAUAUUGAUUUCAGUAACUUCAAUGAAGUUGCUGACGUAGCAGAAGUAAUAAAAAAAAUUGGAAAUGAGCAAUUUAAGCUGGGAAAUUAUGAAAUAGCUCUGAAAAAAUAUUUAAAAGCUCAGAGAUAUAUGGAUCAAAUUGAUUCUGACGUUUCCUCAACAGAUGAAGAGGAAGAGAAGAAAAAUACGAAUGAAAGUGCAAAUGAAGAAAAUGUUAAACGCCAUAAGUCGAUAGUCAUGCCUUGUUACUUGAACAGUGCUGCGUGUUAUCUCAAAUUAAAGAAUAAUGAAGAAGCUGUGAACAGUUGCAGUGAAGUGAUCGAAAAUUUCGAUGAAAGUAAUGUCAAAGCACUGUUUAGAAGGGGACAAGCUUACACGUCAUUACGAAAUUUUGAUAAAGCCAUGGCUGACCUUCAAAAUGCUGCUAAACUUGCACCAGCUGAUAAAGGCAUACGUAAUGCUCUAGUUAAAGUGAAAAGUCAAAUUAAAGAUCAGAAGGAAAGAGAAAAACAAAUGUAUUCCAAAAUGUUCAGUAAAUCCUAGCGUAAAGUGCCAGGUUUGCUUUCAAAGUUUUUUUUUCGGACUCUUGCUUAUGAUUCUCAUGAAUAGUUGUUUAUCGAAGGUUAUUCGAGAAUCUUUUUUUUGCGCUGAACACUAGAUUACCUGCUUGAAUGUAAUUCUUUGCUUCCUCUUACUAGGCUAUGAAUAUUGAUAUUUGUAUUGCUACAGCUCAAUAGCCGUAAUUUUGGGUACGGUGUGAUUUUUCUGUUAUCAUUUAAAAGCUGUUUGUCUUAAUGCGAAA